UGACGCGAGCGCACCCCCCGCGAGCCGCGCUGUCUCGCCCCCGACGUUAUCCAACUCCUACCCCUCCUCACCUGCCCACCACCUACUCGUCCCAUCCCACCACCACUCCCUGCAUGGCCGCCCUUCGCCCGCGCGCAGCCGCCGCCGUAGCUUCCGCGGACCUCCGGCUGGCGGUCCGGCGAGGCACCUGUCGCGCGUCGGCGGCGGCGUUCCGCUACUACCCUUGCUUGCAACUGCAGGGGAAUAUGUUGAAUUGGAGAUCCGAAUUCGCAACUAAGAAGUCAUUGAGUAAAGUAGCUUGUGCAAAGCCUGAUGAUUCUGAAUUUGAAAGUGUGGACGCACCACUGGAGCCAGUAACAUGGGAAGGGAGUUUUUUGUGCGGUCUGUUGAAGAACCUUCCACACAUUUUUCUAUCUGCAGCAGCAAAGCAACUGCAAGAGUUGUCUAACCAAAGAGAAGACACGUUGAACCGCUGGGAACAUAGUAUUGGUUCUAAAGAGGACUGCCUUCACAGGAGGAUUGCUGAGCUCAAGGAGCAAGAGUGUCAAACAGCUAUUGAGGACAUCAUGUACAUGCUGAUUGUUUAUAAGUUUUUCAAGAUUGAAGUUCCAAUGGUUCCAAAUUUGUCGAAGCUCAUCAGCAUCAGAAGAUUGCAGUUAUGGCCGCCAAGGGAGACAGAUCUUGAGUCCAUUCAUGGACCUGAGGUACUAGAACUAAUUAGGGAACACUUGACCAGCAUUAUCAGAUGGGUACACAGAAAUGGUCCCAAGAUCAAUCGCUCAACACUUCGCAUUAAAAGACUGCAAUUUGGUCAGAUAUAUUCCGCUUCAAUAAUGUAUGGAUACUUCCUGAAAUCUGUGAGCAUCAGGCAUCGUUUGGAGCUGACUCUCACACGCUCAGAAGAACUUCCUCCUCAACUUCAAUUUUUGAAUGCUCAAUUUACAAAUAAACAAGAGCAAGAAGAGGCUGUUGGAGGCUCUGGAGAAGUGUCAUCUUGUUCGAAACCAAGUUCAGUUGUCAACCCGCAUGACUUGAAGGGUUAUAUGAUGGGAUUUGACCCUAAGACUUUGCAGCUUUGUGCGAAGCUGCGCUCUUGUGAAGCUGCUAAUCUCAUCGAGAGGCACAGCUGGGCUCUUUUUGGACAGAACAUGGAACUCACCCAAGAGAAUGAUGAAGCGGUUAUACUGGAUCCUUCGUCCCUAAAAAGACUACUACUUGAAGCCAUUGCAUUUGGUUCCUUCCUUUGGGAUGUCGAAGAUGAUGUGGACGAGAUUUAUAAGUUGUCGGAUAGCUGAAGAAAGUACUGCAGAAAGCUUCUGCCACCUUGUAGAUGUCAGCCGGAAGAAGAGUUGCAGAAGUUUUUUCUGGGGCCUUGUAUAUAUGACUAGCUGUGUACAUGUAUAAAUGUCUUCAUCUCAAAUAUGCCCUACAAAUCAAUACUAGUGCAAAGUUUUUGAUCUAAAGUUAUGUUUCUGUAUUUUGUAAGUUGCCUUCACAUGUAAAUGUCCAUAGUUUAGAUAUCAAAA